GAUGCGUCGUUUGCUGUGUCUAGGCUUGUGUUUGGCGGUCGUGGCCUUCGGGGUCCGCGCCGAGGAGGCCGCCCAGAAUGCGGAGGUUGACCUGGCCGACGCCUUCGAGGAGCUGGACGAGAGUGUGAAGCUCGACCUCGCCCGCAUGCUGCAAGACAUUUUCGAGAUUGAUGAGGAUGAAGAUGCCCAGGCUGAAGGAGUUGUUGCCGAAGGUUCAAACCGAGAGGAUCGUGCCCGUGACGAUGUCGGAGACUCCGACAAGGCCAUGAGCGACCCGAAGGACCUCUCCCGCUUCAAUGGCUUCAUCGACACCUUCUUCAGACGCCUCAACGCCUACUCCAGAAGCCGCUUCGACCCUCUCGGUUUCGCCAUCGCCAAGAAGGGUGGCGGUGACAAGGGCAAGAAGGGCGACGGCGAGAAGAACAAGAAGAAGGGCGGAAAGGGAGAAAAGAAGGGCGGCAAUAAGAAGGGCGGCAAUAAGAAGGGCGGCAAUAAGAAGGGCAAUCGCCACCCGAAGGACCUCAACCUCGACGAAGAAGAGGAGGUGGCCGAAGAGACAGUAGAGAUCCGUGAGAAGAGGGAGGUUGACCUCGUCGCCGUUGAGGAGGUCGAAGAUGUAGAGGACGUCGACGAAACUGAAGAGGAAGAACAGGAAUCCCUGGACCGCGUGAAGCGCGACGCCGAUGCAGUGCCCGCAGAGGAGGGCGAGGCCGUCGCAAGGAAGGGCAGACCCGCCGGCGGUGCCAAGAAGGGUAACAAGAACAAGAGCGCCAAGAAGAGCAACAAGAACAAGAAGAACAAGAAGGGCAAGAAGGGCGGAAAGAAGAAGAACUCCAAGAAGGGAGGCAAGAAGGGCAGGAAGUCCUCCAAGGCCCGCACCACCCGCGCCUUCGUAACCGGCCUGGCCACUCUCGCCCGUAGCGGUGACGUCAUCGUCCGUAACAGCGAAAACAACAAGCUGAUCAAGGCUAACUUCCGCAUGGGACCCAUCGACCUCAAGGUGUCAAGGAAGUUCGGCAAAGGAAAGGACGCUGUGACGCGCAACGCCCGCGCCGGCUCGCCUCAGCUGGAGGGAAGGAUCGCCAUCAAGAUCUCCCCCAACGGCAGGGCCAAGGUCUCCGCCUUCAAGGUCAAGAAGCCAGCCAUCGUCAAGGUCGACGGCAAUCUGUCAAGGGCUGACAAGGACAGCACCAACAACAACUUCAUGGAGAACUCCAUUGGCAAGUUCGCUCCCUACGCCGCCCAGAAGCUCAAGCUCGCCAGCCGCGCCGUCCUCAAGGAAGCCGAGCCUAAGAAGAGCGAAUAAGCUGUCUUCAUGACUUUUUAUCCACGAACAAAAGUAUGAAUGAUACCGAUGCAGUCUAGUAUGCUCCACUUUCGUCGAUAGUAUGUCAUACAUUCACCAUACAUCAGUAUACGAGUAGACGUCUUUGACAUAGAGAUUGUGUCUGAUCUGCUGCGAAAAUCAAAAGAGAAAAAUCAAAAUUUAGAUGCAUUCAUUUGCUUUACUUUGCGCAUCAGGCUGAACACCUGGAUGUAUUGACAUUCGAUUCUAAAUUCUUCUAAAUUCUCAUAGCAGUACAUUGAGAUCAUGGAAAUGACAUUGGUUCAUACUCUAAAUCUAUAGUUCGCACUUUCUCAGGGUUUGUUUACACUUUCGAUCCUCACUAGGACGCAGUUCGUUCUGCAUUCUUUACUCCGUUUCAACUUCGUUGAUAAUCUUCACUUUCACUGACCUUGAUGUAGUUUAACUAAAAUGUUAAAAAGAGAAAAAAAAUCUAUAAAACAAACUAGUACAAAAAAGUUAAAAAAAGGGUCAGGGACGUCUCAGAAGGUGCACUCUCUGAGGUGUUUCUGACCGGUUCGACCCUCGGUAUGAACGACCCUCGCGCGGCUCGAAGACGCACGCCCCCGAACGCCCUCCGCGGUACCCCCACCUCGGUCCUGCGCCCGCGCCGAAAGCAACUCCCGCCCACGUCCCGAAGCGCAACGGGAAGUGGCUGGGCGGUCGCGAAAGGAGCGGAGGCGGCCAGCGACGUCGUGGUGGUAUCGCAGCCACGGAUUUUGACGCCACGGUCUGCCAUCAGAAGAAUCACUCGCUUGACACGAUACAGUGACGUGAUAGAACAUUGUCUCUUGCCCCAUAUUGCUCUGCAGCCCACAGUGAGCUUAGGUCUCACUUGUUUUAUUUAUUUAUGUUAACUUAUUCAUAUUAUUAAUAAUAAAUAGGCUAAGUUAC